GUUAAUGUUGACUUAACGCUUUUAGAUGUGAGAAGUUGAUAAUGCUGUUAAGAAGAAUACAUCAGCUUAUAACUCUUUUCAUUGAUUAUUCUAAUUUAAAGUCAAAUGUUAUAUUUUAAACAAGCUAGUUCUGUGUAAAAUAUGUAAUGAAUUAUAUGUUGAAGUAAAGGUUAUGUAGAUAUGAUAACGUGUUACUGAGAUUAUGAAUGGCGGUAAGAUGAUACAGAGAAUGUUAGUGGAAAGGAGAAACUUACAUGAUAUGGUUACUACUGACGGUGGUUGGGGUGGCGGAGGUAUCUGCACUUGCGGGUUACAGGCUUCCUGGAAAUGUCAAACCUACGCACUACAUUCUGGAAGUUCUUACCGAACUGGAGGAUCCUAACUUCAAGUUUUCUGGAGAAGUCUGGAUAAAGGUGGAAUGCAUCGAACCCACGAACACCAUCAUCCUCCAUUCGAAACAACUCAACAUAACCGAAGAGGAAACGACGGUGAAGGAGAUCGUGAGCAAGGAUGAACUGGUUCCAUUGAGCAUCACUUCCCAGAAGCUGGUGAAAGAGAACGACUUCCUCAUCAUCAAGCUUGGCCAGAACCUGAAGCAGGGUACGAUGUACAUCCUCCACAUCGCCUUCGCCGGAUCCCUUCAAGAAGACCUGGCCGGCUACUACAGGAGCAGUUACAUUGACCAGCAAUCAAACUCUACGAAAUGGCUUGCCGUAACCCAGUUCGAAGCGACUGACGCCAGGAAGGCUUUCCCCUGCUUCGACGAACCGGAGAUGAAGGCGAAGUUCACUGUAAGGCUGGCGCACAAGAACAGUUUCAAAGCAGUCAGCAACAUGCCACUUUCCAAAACAGUUCCAUACGAGAAAAAGGAAGACUACGCUUGGAGCCAUUUCGAAGACAGCGUCCCGAUGUCCACUUACCUCGUCGCCUACUUGGUCAGCGAGUUCGAGUUCAAGGAAGCGCCAGCUAGGCACAACAAUGUUACCUUCAGGAUCUGGAGCAGGAAGGAUGCUCUUUCACAGACUGAGUUAGCCCAAGACGUCGGACCGAAAGUCCUGGAAUAUUACGAGACGUACUUCGAUGAGAAGUACCCCCUUCCUAAACAGGACAUGGCGGCCAUACCGGACUUCAGCGCGGGAGCUAUGGAAAACUGGGGUCUCAUCACAUACAGGGAGACUGCAUUGCUAUACGAUGACAAAGUUUCUUCUAAAGUAAGCCAGGAUAGAAUAGCAUACGUCAUAGCUCAUGAGCUGGCCCAUCAAUGGUUUGGAAAUUUGGUCACUAUGAAAUGGUGGACAGAUCUGUGGCUCAACGAAGGCUUUGCCACAUAUGUAGGCACAUUAGGAGUUGAGGAGUUGUAUCCAGAAUGGGGAUAUUUGAAAGAAUCUAUGUUAGAUUAUGCCCGUUUUGUUUUUGAUCUUGAUUCUUUGGUUUCUUCACAUCCUGUUUCAAAGGAAAUUGGACACCCUGAUGAAAUCAGUCAAAUAUUCGACACAAUUUCUUACAAAAAAGGAUGUGUAAUCUUGCGAAUGAUGCACCUAUUCCUUGGUGACUCAUUUAAACUGGGAGUCACCAAGUAUCUUAGAAAGCAUAAGUAUGGAAACGCUGAACAGGAUGACCUUUGGGCAGCACUGACCGAGCAAGCUCAUGCCGACGGCAACCUUGACCAGAGCUUGACAGUGAAGGAAGUGAUGGACACCUGGACAGUACAAACUGGAUAUCCGCUAGUCACCGUUGUAAGGGACUAUGAAAAGGGAACCGCAAAACUCACUCAGAAAAGAUAUUUGCAAGUGAAACCAGAAGGUGCCGUCAACGACACCUGUUGGUGGAUACCAAUCACCUACACCACUCAGGAUAAGCCCGACUUCAAGGACACUUUACCCAAGUUGUGGAUGAACUGUGCCAACAGAGACACUGUUGAGCUGACCAAGUUGGACCCAAGCUCCUGGUUGUUGCUCAACAUUGAUGUUGGAGGACUUUACAGAGUGCAUUAUGAUGAACAGAAUUGGAAACUUAUCAGCGAUACGCUUAAUUCAGACAAGUAUACUGAUAUAUCUACAACUAACAGAGCUGAUCUCCUGAUGACCAUUAUGGACUUGGCGUGGACUGGUGACAUUGCCUAUGAACAAGCACUCUCUCUUGUCAGUUACUUGGCUAGGGAAAAGGAUUGGUUGCCAUGGAAGAUAGGACUCAACAAGCUGGGCGCUCUAAAUAAAAUACUUAGUCGCACUCCAAGUUAUUCAUACUUUAAGGAUUUUAUGACGAAAUUGAUUACACCAAUCUAUCAGGAAUAUAACAAGCUGGCCAUAAUUCCAGAACAGCAUGAUAAGAUGAAACUUCACAUCUCAAUAUCAAAAUGGGCAGUCGAUUUAGAAAUAGGAGACUCAUUGAAACAGAUCCAGGAGCUGUUUGUGAAAUGGAUGGAAACAGAAGAUCCUGACAAAAAUAACCCAAUUCCAAAAGAUCUGAGGACUAAUGUGUACUGCAAUUCAGUCUGGUAUGGUGGUCCACACAUUUGGGACUUCUUAUUUAAGCGUUACCAGAAUUCAAACGUAGGAACAGAAAAGAGUACUAUAAUGUAUGCUCUAGCAUGCAGCAGAGAUAUCUGGAUUUUAAAUAGGUAUUUGGAAUGGUCAAUAGAUGAAGAUUCUGAUGUGAGAAAGCAAGAUAGUGCUUCUGUAUUUUCAUCCAUUGCCAGGCACAGUAUUGGCUACUACGUUGCCUGUGACUUCCUGCAGAGGAGGAUAAAAGAUAUAUACCUUUAUCACUCAAGUAAAGGCCACCGCCUCGGCUCUUAUAUAGAAACUUGUGCCGAUAGUAUCAUUUAUGAAGAUGAAUUGAAGAAGUGGAAGGAUUUCAUUGCUGCAAACAAAGAGUACCUGAAGGAAGCUCAACUUGCUACAAACCAAAGCAUUGAAGCAGCCCUCGCCAAUACCAAAUGGUACGCCAACCACUACAAGACCAUCACCAAGCUCAUGAAGUCCUGACAACUUAAAGUGAGCUGCGGACAAAGGCUACCCAAAAGUGGGUCAUACCAACUCGUCAAUGAACCCGUGGUCGUUGCUGUUAUUGGGACUUGCUUUUUUAUUUAUAAUAACUAAAACUUUUAUUCAUUAAACAAAUACAAUUAAAAAUUAGCUAAUAUUUAUUAAUAGAUAUGUUUUAUAGUAUAAUUUUGCCAUUGUUGUUCAGAAAACUAAUUCAUGAAAAAAGAAGAGAAAAGAAAUGUGAUGUACAAAUUCUUUAAAAAUAUCAUCAAGUAUUUUCCUAGUUUUGUAAUCAUAAUUUAUAUACAUAUAUAUGUAAUAUAUAAUCCUCUAAGUACAAAUAAGAUUCAUUAAGGUAUAAAAUGAAAUAUGUAUGAACAUAACAUGAGCCUAGCUCCCUCAACAAUCAAUAUGCAUUUAAUUAAAUUUAUGAAUUUGUAAAGAUAUCCGACAACUUGUUCUGUAAAAAUAAAUUUGGUAUGUUUUAAACUA